UGUACAUUGAUUUGCAUCCACAUCAACAUUGUGAAAGUAGGGUAGUUGUCUGUUGGAGCAAAAUCUGGUGUUGUUUGACAGUUUAGGAUUUAAUAUAUUUGCGUCAGAAUAGUUUCGGUGUCCAGUGAAAUAGUGCAAACUGUAUUUACAGUUUUUAUUCAUGAUUAUUGAUGGAGAGAAUCGGACAAGCAAAUGUUUAAUUUAGAUAUCUUUUUAAAAAUGGGGAAUUGUGUGUGUGGACGUGAAGCACUUACCAUCAACAACAGAAGAUUCUAUAUAAGGAAUAGACUAGGAGAGGGGGGUUUCAGUUAUGUUGAUUUAAUAGAAGAUGCUAGAAACCACAAAGACUAUGCCUUGAAGCGAAUCACAUGUCACUCCAAAGAGGAGGAACGAGUGGCCGCACAGGAAGUAGAACUGAUGAGGCGAUUCAAACACCCGAAUAUCAUUCCCCUGGAAGAAUCGGCCAACAUCAAAGUCAGCAAAUACUCCAAAACCCUGGACAUCCUCAGCGAAGUCCUAAUUGUCAUGCCAUACUACUGUAGAGGUUCUAUUCAAGACCAUAUUGAUAAGUUAAGUAAAAAGUCCGAAAAAAUCCCAGAGGAGCAAAUUUGGACUAUGUUUCGAGGCCUUUGUCAAGCAGUUAAAGAGUUUCACAGUCAGAAUCCACCGUAUGCUCACAGAGACAUAAAGCCUGCCAAUGUGAUGAUAGCUGAUGAUGGGUCACCGAUUCUGAUGGAUCUUGGGUCAGCCAACCUGGCCAGGGUGGAGGUCUCUAAUGCCAAAAUAUCUCGACAACUACAGGAUGAGGCAGCUGAGCGAUGCUCCAUGUUUUAUCGUGCCCCGGAACUCUUCAAUGUGGAGGUGGGAUCCAGUGUGGAUGAGCGGACAGACAUUUGGUCUCUAGGAUGUCUACUUUAUGCCAUGGCGUUCCUAGAAUCUCCGUAUGAUAAACUAUACGCUCAAGGCGGCAGUAUGGCCUUGGCCACGCAGAGUGAUAACGUGAAAUUUCCCGACAAUUCUGGAUAUUCAAGUGCAAUACAUGAACUAAUUCUGCGGCUGAUGAAAGUGAAUGUAGCAGAGCGGCCAUUUAUUGACAAUGUUCUGGAAAUUGUGGAAGAAAACUACAGGAAAUUCCAAAACCAAGUCUGACCAACCAGACUAUAUAUCAAUAUAAAGCGGUUCUGCCCCGAUUGGUCUUUUCAGUUUGCAAUGCAAUCCAAGAAGAAUGUCUCUACAUUCAUUUAACACAACAUUCCAUUGGUAUGCAUGUGUUUUGUGCAAUGCAAGUAAUCAAGGGAACAAGUAAUGUUAUUAUUGUAUUGUAAUUUAUAUUUUAGAGCGCCUGUGUUAAUGACUUGCAUGAAGUCAAGAAAAAACAGUAAUCGUAAAAUUGCAAAUUAAGAUUUUUGGUAACAAUUCAAUCGUAUUUAUUCAUGAUUAUCAAUGAGGAAAUUUUAUGUAUUAAAACUAUGCAUUCCACAAAUUACCAGAUACAAAUCAUGCCCAAUGUUAAAUUCUAUACAAAGCAUUGAAAGUAUUAAGGUGAAUGUAGUAAAAUUGCUGUAACAUAUCAUUGCAUUGCUUCAUGACAUCAAAGUAUUGGAAUUCUUAGCCUUUCUUGUGUAUGUGGCUUGAUGGCUUUACAGUAUUUUGCCUUUUUUGGGAUUAAAUUUCUCAAGGUUUGUUUGCAUAAUUAUUUUUUCAUGAAAAUUAUAAAUAUCAUAAUAAUGUGCUUACUCUUUUUCGCAACAAGAAUUAAUGUAGGAAGAACAUUAGAAAUUUACACAAAAACAACAAUACAGUGGUUUUUCUUCCCAUAUUUUACAUGUACCUAAUUGGAUACAAUGACAAAUUGUCAGGUUUUCAGAACCAAAAUCCAUAUGCACUGUAUAAACUAUUAAUAUUUCACAAUUAUUCAUGCUGGGCAUUUUUAGUGUCAGAUGCAACUUGUUAUACAUAUAGGGUUGUCAUUCUUUGCUUUGUAUACCAUAAAAGGAGAUUCCUGUUGUAAAAUGCAGUUUAUAUAUACUUAUUGAAUUAUCAAUUUCAGUAAAGAUCACUUUCUAAUGGAACUUUGAAUUUUUCAAAGGAUAAAUGAAAAUUAUAAUCUCACUCCUAUAUGAAAUUCCUGUUCACAUUAUAUAUAUCAGGAAGAAGUGAAACUAGAAGUAUGUUAAUUUAUGCUAUGUGUGCAUGACAAUACCAACCAUAACUAGUACACUUAUUAGAUCAAUUAAAAAUGCUAGAUUGCCAACAAAUUAACCAUCAGAUCUACCUAAAAUUGUAAGAUAUGAUUUGUUAAGCUAUUAACGAUUAUUUAGUACAGAAAAAAUCAAUACGUUUUAUCAUUUAAAUUUUGGUAUUUUCCUUUAUUUUUUUUUACAUAGAGUUCUUCUUCUAAAGGAGAUCAAUAUAGUGUAAACAUGGCCAUGACCAUCGAGCCCUCUUAAAAAAGUUUAAAAUGUUUUUGCAAACAUCUGAAGGAACUGAGUGAUGAGAGCAGUCGGAGUCUUCACUCUCUUCAUUAAUCAAAUCUUUUAAUGCAUAGGGAAAAUAUAAACAGUGAUGUACAUUUAAUGGACGGUCUUACUUGGCACUUGAAAAAUAAAUGUCGAAAUUGUUCUUGGUCUUUUUAAAAUUAAUGCAUUUUUUAAUUUAUUUUGCAUUAUUUAUUUAUGACUAUCUGCAUUUAUUAUUUUAGCAAAACUGUUAUGAUUUAAGGUACACUGACUUAUCUAACAAGAGAGAUAACUCUCAUUAAAAACAUGAUUCUCCUCUAUAAGGUAUUCGGGUAUUGUGCUCAUUUCUGUUAUUUUGGAUAAUUGUAUGCUAUGUUAGAGAGGAAUUGUAUUUUACAAUAGUUAUUAAUUGUAAUUUAUUUACGAGAUUGGCAAUUGUGCAUAUCUGUUAAUAAAUAAUUUCAAAUUGAAA